CCAAACAUUGCACAAUUGUAAUGCCGAGGGAUGUGCCGCAACCGACACCCAUUAUUUUGACGAAUACUGGUUUAUUCAGACCUACUAGCAYAGUAACUACAAUUGUUGAGCAUGACAAAAUAACACUGCUUUGUACUGGAAGGGACAAUACAGUGCUUGCUCUAAAUGAAGAGAUAGUCACAUUGGUUUGUGAAAAUGGUAAUUUUUUCCACAAUAAUAAGACAUAUGCGUUACAAAAUAUGAAAUGUAAAUCGGWACCGACCACUCAGCUAUGGAGAAAAGGUACUACUUGCGCUACAGGCGAUGGCGUAUUUUAUGAAGUGGGAAUUGACUACAAGAACCGACACGCAAUUUUCGAAAUUUGCUUCAAUCAACGCGACCAGCGCACGAUCUACUCACGUCAUUUGAUUAAUGGCUAUAUUCAAAAUGGUCGACCGAAGUAUGAUUGCCGCCCAUCUUUUUUYAGAAGUGAAGGUAUGAGCCGUAAUCUGAAUGACUUAUAUACAAAGUCUACUCAACAAAAAMACUUCGAARCRCUUUUUGGUSUCAASCAAAYCUUCAWYAAUARKGCCAGUUUCCUUGCRCGCGGKCAUAUCGCACCAUUUGCAGACUUMAUUUUUUGUUACGAACAGUUUGCCACUUUCUAUUAUGCGAACGUUGCUCCCGAGUGGCAAAUCGUGAAUGCCGGAAAUUGGGUACGCGUGGAGAACGCUGUGCGCAAGAUCGCCUCUUCGCAGCGAUCUGAUUUAUUGGUAUUCACCGGUACUUUAGGCGUAUUAGAGUUGCGAAAUCCACUGACUUCUCGCGAUACUMGCAUAUAUUUGGAUGAACAUCAAACGAUUGCUGUGCCAAAAUGGUUCUAUAAGGUGGUGAUGCAUCCUAGUUUCGCCAUUGAUAUCGUCUUUAUCACGMUGAAUAACCCAUUUGUAAGAAAUGCUGUAGGAGUGGAGUUUUGUAACAAUAUUUGUAGACAAAUUUGUAAAAAGCAUAGUUUGGACUGUACCAAAUUUACAGAUACUAAGAAAGGUUAUACGUUUUGUUGUGAGUUAAAGAACUUUUGGGCCAAUGCUAUGGGUGUUGGAACUCCAUAUUACGAACUACCAGUUGGCUGGAGUUAUAAGAACUAAAGUUUGUUAUAUAAGUAUGUAUUUAUAUUAUAUAUGACUACUAGUGGAUUCGACCACGCGUUGCUGUACUACUAUUUUAUACUAGUAUUCAUGUAAUAAACUAUUCAAUACAGCAAAAUUUUCGAAUAAAAUCGAAAACAUUUUUCUGUCCAGUUAAUAGAGUUGUCCGCUUAAUA